GUUCUGGUCUUCACCAUGGCCUUUGGAGGUUUCUCUAUGUUUCCAGGGGAGACUCUUCAGCCUUCCAUUGUAGACCCUUCGGCUUUCAAAUACGGACUUGCACCAGGCUCUGCAGUAGGCUCCAUGCCUUCCACCAACUGGAUCCUUCAGCUCUCCAAGUCGCAGACGGCGAUUUGGCAUCCUUCCGCCCCCUGUUUCACAGGGUCUACCUACAGCGUCCUGUCCAUCAUGCCCUCGGACUCGGAGAGCAGCAGCUCCCUCAGCAGUGUGGGCACCACCGGGAAGGCACCGUCCCCGCUGCCCCUCCCCGCUGACCAGCAGGUGAAUGAGAAGGUGGAGAACCUCUCUAUUCAGCUGCAGCUGAUGACCCGAGAGAGGAACGAGCUGCGCAAGCGCCUGGCCUUCGCCACCCACGGGGCGACCUUUGACAAGAGGCCCUAUCGUAGGCUCAACCCUGACUAUGAGAGACUGAAGAUCCAGUGUGUGCGGGCCAUGUCGGACCUGCAGAGUCUGCAGAACCAGCACACCAAUGCCUUGAAGAGGUGCGAGGAGGUGGCCAAGGAGACCGACUUCUACCACACCCUCCAUAGCCGGCUCCUCAGUGACCAGACCCAGCUGAAGGACGACGUAGACAUGCUGCGGCGGGAGAAUGGGCAGCUGUUGAGGGAGCGGAACCUGCUGCAGCAGUCCUGGGAAGACAUGAAGCGGCUGCAUGAGGAGGACCAGAAGGAGAUUGGCGACCUCCGGGCCCAGCAGCAGCAGGUGCUGAAGCACAAUGGCUCAUCGGAAAUCCUUAACAAGCUCUACGACACGGCCAUGGACAAGCUGGAGGUGGUCAAGAAGGACUAUGACGCCCUUCGGAAGAGGUACAGCGAGAAAGUGGCCAUGCACAACUCAGACCUGAGCCGCCUGGAGCAGCUGACAGAGGAGAACCAGCGGCUGCUGAAGCAGACGGAGAUGCUGACCCAGCAGCGGGACACGGCCAUCCAGCUGCAGCACCAGUGCGCCCUCUCCCUGCGGAGGUUCGAGGCCAUCCACUACGAGCUGAACAAGGCCACGGCGCAGAACAAGGACCUGCAGUGGGAGAUGGAGCUGCUGCAGUCGGAGCUGACAGAGCUGAGGACCGUGCAGGUGCGCACAGCCCAGGAGUCGGAGAAGUACCGUGAGGAGCGGGACGCCGUGUUCAGCGAGUACAGGCUCAUCAUGAGUGAGCGUGACCAGGUCAUCUCCGAGCUGGACAAGCUGCAGACUGAGGUGGAGCUGGCCGAGUCCAAGCUUAAGAACAGCACGUCUGAGAAGAAGGCGGCCAAUGAGGAGAUGGAGGCGCUGCGUCAGAUCAAGGACACGAUGACGAUGGAUGCCGGGAGAGCCAACAAGGAGGUAGAAAUCCUUCGAAAGCAGUGCAAGGCUCUCUGCCAGGAGCUGAAGGAAGCCCUGCAGGAGACGGAUGUGGCCAAGUGCCGGCGGGACUGGGCCUUCCAGGAGCGAGACAAGAUUGUGGCAGAGCGUGACAGCAUCCGGACCCUGUGUGACAACCUGAGGCGGGAGCGUGACCGGGCUGUGAGCGAGCUGGCCGAGGCCCUGCGCAGCCUGGAUGACACUCGGAAACAGAAGAAUGACGUCAGCCGGGAGCUGAAGGAGCUCAAGGAGCAGAUGGAGUCCCAGUUGGAAAAGGAGGCUCGUUUCCGGCAGCUGAUGGCCCACAGCUCCCAUGACUCAGCCAUUGACACUGAUUCCAUGGAGUGGGAAACGGAAGUUGUCGAGUUUGAAAGGGAGACGGAGGACAUUGACUUGAAGGCACUGGGAUUUGACAUGGCAGAAGGAGUGAAUGAGCCCUGCUUCCCGGGAGACUGUGGCAUAUUUGUCACUAAAGUGGACAAAGGAAGCAUCGCCGAUGGCCGCUUAAGAGUCAACGACUGGCUGCUGAGAAUCAAUGAUGUGGACCUCAUCAACAAGGACAAGAAGCAGGCCAUCAGAGCUCUGCUCAACGGGGAGGGCGCCAUCAACAUGGUUGUGCGGCGGAGGAAGUCCCUGGGCGGGAAGGUGGUCACUCCCCUGCACAUCAACCUCAGUGGACACAAAGAUAGCGGUAUCAGUCUGGAGACUGGAGUAUACGCUGCUGCCGUGGCACCAGGCAGUCCUGCUGCCAAAGAAGGGACCCUCGCCGUGGGAGACAGGAUUGUCGCGAUCAAUGGCAUCGCACUGGACAACAAGUCUCUGAACGAAUGUGAAUCCUUACUGCGCAACUGCCAGGACUCCCUGACGCUCUCCCUCCUGAAGGUGUUCCCACAGAGCGCCUCGUGGAGCGGCCAGAACAUCUUUGAAAACAUCAAAGACUCUGAUAAGAUGGUAAGUUUUCGCGCCCACGGCCCGGAGGUCCAAGCUCAUAAUAAGCGGAAUUUGAUGCAGCACAAUAACUCCACGCAGACGGAUAUCUUCUACGAGGACCACCUGGAAGACAGGAAGGAGCUAGGCCCGCCCAGAGGCAGCAGCUCCUUUCUGCACAAGCCAUUUCUGGGGGACCCCUUUCCGGUCUCCUCCCAGACCUGUCCCAGCGCCUCUGAGCGCAGCCUGAGCUCCUUCCGCUCUGAUAACUCUGGGGAGCGUGGCUAUGGGCUGGUGGACGUGCGGAGCCGGCAGCCCCUGCUGCCCUUUGAGACUGAGGGGGGGCCCUGCGGGACAGUGGAGGCCCCCCUGGACAAGGUGGACUCCGAGAGCUCCAACAGUGGUGGGACCUGGCCCAAGGCUGUGCCUGGCUCCGUGGCGGGGCCAGAGAAGCUCUCUGUUUACAAGAAGCCAAAGCAAAGAAAGUCUAUCUUUGACCCGAACACUUUCAAACGCCCCCAGACGCCCCCCAAAAUUGACUACAUGCUCCCAGGCCCUGGGCCCGCCCACUCCCCCCAGCCCUCCAAGAGGGUAGAACCUCUGACGCCCCCGAAGCCCCCCAAGAGGAGUGACUCCAUCAAGUUCCAGCACAGGCUGGAAACCAGUUCUGAAUCCGAGGCAACUUUGGUUGGCAGCUCCCCAUCCACCAGCCCCCCGAUCACCCUGCCGCCCGGUCUGGACCCCGGGGAGCCCAUGCAUGCAUCACCCCCUCGCAAGGCCCGGGUCCGCAUCGCCUCCAGCUACUACCCUGAAGGGGACGGGGAUGCCUCCUGCCUGCCGGCCAAGAAGUCCUGUGACGAGGACCUUACCUCCCAGAAGGUGGAUGAGCUGGGGCAGAAGCGGCGCCGGCCAAAGUCCGCUCCCAGUUGUCGGCCCAAGGUGGCUCCAGUAGUGAUUCCCGCUCAGUUCCUGGAGGAACACAAAUGUGUCCCCACCAGUGGAGAGCUGUCCCCAGAGGCCCAGGACUGGUCACCUCACUCGCCAGGGCAUUCCAGUCGGCAGGGCAACUCCCUGUUCUACGCCAGCAGACCUUCUGUGGGCACUGUUCCCCGGAAUGUGACCCCCAGCACCACUGUGAGCUCCAUCCUGCGGAACCCCGUCUACACUGUACGCAGCCACAGGGUUGGACCCUGCAGCUCUCCGCCUGUGCCCCGAGAUGUCGGCCCCCAGAAUCUGCCUCCCAGUGUCCAGCACCAGGGACGCCUGAGCCUGGACCUGAGCCACAGGGCCUGCGGCGACUGCUCUGAAAUGAGAGCCUCCCACGGGUCCAACUCGCUGCCCUCCAGCGCCCGCCUUGGCUCCUCCAGUAACUUGCAGUUCAAGGCGGAACGCAUCAAGAUCCCACUGACGCCAAGAUACCCCCGGUCGGUCAUGGGCUCUGACAGAGGUUCCUUGUCGCAUUCCGAGUGCAGCACUCCUCCACAGUCUCCCCUGAACAUCGACACCCUGCCCUCCUGCAGCCAGCCACAGACCUCAGCCUCCACAUUGCCCAGAAUCGCCGUCAACCCCACAUCCCACGGGGAGCGGAGAAAGGACAGGCCUUAUGUGGAGGAGCCACGCCACGUGAAGGUGCAGAAGGGCUCGGAGCCUCUGGGCAUCUCCAUCGUGAGUGGGGAGAAGGGCGGCAUCUACGUCUCCAAGGUGACCCCAGGGAGCAUUGCCCACCAGGCUGGCCUUGAGUACGGGGACCAGUUACUUGAGUUCAAUGGCAUAAACCUGCGGAGCGCCACAGAGCAGCAGGCCCGGCUCAUCAUCGGGCAGCAGUGCGACACCAUCACCAUCCUGACCCAGUACAACCCACACAUGCACCAGCUCAGCAGCCACUCCCGCUCCAGCUCCCACCUGGACCCUGCUGGAGCUCACUCCACUAACCAGGGCAGUGGGGCCACCACCCCAGAGCAUCCCUGUGUCAUCGACCCACUCAUGGAGCAAGACGAGGGCCCUGGCACCCCUCUGGCCAAGCAGAGCACCCCCAGCUCCAGGACUGUGGGAGAGGCCAAGAAGACCCCAGAGCCCCGCAUCGUCUUCAUCAAAAAGUCCCAGGUGGAACGUGGGGUGCACUUGUGUGGCGGGAACCUGCAUGGGGUGUUUGUGGCCGAGGUAGAGGAUGACAGUCCUGCCAAGGGUCCCGACGGCCUCAUGCCCGGGGACCUCAUCCUCGAGUAUGGCAGCCUGGACAUGCGCAACAAGACAGUGGAGGAAGUCUACGUGGAGAUGCUGAAGCCCAAGGACGUCAUCCGCCUGAAGGUGCAGCACCGCCCUGAAGACUUCGCCAGGAUCAAGGGCCUGCCUGGGGAUGGCUUCUACAUCAGGGCCCUGUACGACCGGCAGGGUGAGGUGGAGCAUGAUCUGAGCUUUAAGAAGGAUGACAUCCUCUAUGUGGACAACACCCUGCCCCAGGGCACGUUUGGGUGCUGGAUGGCAUGGCAGCUGGAUGAGAGUGCCCACAAGAUGCAGCGCGGGCAGAUCCCCAGCAAAUACGUGAUGGACCAGGAGUUCGCCAGGAGGCUCAGCAUGUCCGAGGUCAAAGACGAUGGCAGCGCUGCAAAGACGCUGUCAGCGGCUGCACGCCGGUCCUUCUUUCGAAGGAAACACAAGCACAAACGCAGUGGGUCCAAAGACGGAAAGGACCUCCUCGCCUUGGACACCUUUUCCAAUGACUCCAUUCCACUCUUUGAAGACUCAGUGAGCCUGGCCUAUCAGCGGGUCCAGAAGGUAGACUGCACCUCGCUGAGGCCUGUCCUGAUCCUGGGGCCCUUACUGGACGUGGUGAAGGAGAUGUUGGUGAAUGAGGCUCCUGGCAAGUUCUGCAGGUGCCCACUUGAGGUGAUGAAAGCCUCCCAGCAGGCCAUUGAGCGGGGUGUCAAGGACUGCCUGUUUGUGGACUACAAGCGGAGGAGCGGCCAUUUCGACGUGACCACAGUGGCUUCGAUAAAGGAGAUCACAGAAAAGAACCGGCACUGCCUGCUGGAUGUCGCCCCGCAUGCCAUCGAGCGGCUGCACCACAUGCACAUCUACCCCGUCGUCGUCUUCAUCCACUACAAGAGCGCCAAGCAGAUCAAGGAGCAGAGAGACCCCGUGUACCUGAGGGACAAGGUGACACAGAGACAUUCCAAAGAGCAGUUUGAGACAGCUCAGAAGAUCGAGCAGGAGUAUAGCAAGUACUUCACAGCAGUCGUCCAGGGAGGACCCCUGUCCAGCGUUUGCACUCAGAUCUUGGCAAUCGUCAAUCAAGAACAGAGCAAAGCCCUGUGGAUCCCAGCUGGCCCGAUCUAGGAGCAGCCUGCUGGUGGGGAGCCCAGCUCGCUCUUCCGGAGACUGAACACAGGACUGCAGGAGGAAGGAUCUGGAGUCAGGGCUCCAGGAGCACCUCCUUAGUGACAAGAGUGCCAGGCCAGCACACUGCUCCUCACGCCUGUACUUUGAGACAAAACAAAGCAAAACACAAAACUUGAUGGAGGGCUCCAACACCCACCUUCCUGUAGCCAGCCAGUCAGAUGCUGCACAGAAAACCUUCAGAUCACAAGUUUACAAGCCUUUUCUAAGUAUUUGGUUGUUUAUGUUUACUUGAACGGCUCCACGUUGUGGGGCCCAGCCCCUGCCCGUCACCCUGUUUCUUUGGUGUUGCUUCUGUUCCUGUCUUCGGCAAAACAACCCUGGGACCCCAUGGGGGCUGCUUUGCUUCAGAAAGUUCUUGUUGGUGGGACCAGAGCGUUGACAGACUCCCCGCUCCUCGGUGGCUCCUCUCCUGGAAGGACCUCGCCACCGCAGGUGCUCAGCCCGCUGGUGGUGGCAGAGCCAGUGCCUUGGUGGGGCCAGCGCGCUGGUGGCAGUGUUUCCCUCCCGCGCCCACCGAAGAUGGCAGCCUUGGUUCUCACCACUUCACCUCUUGGCCUUGCCGUCUCGCCUCCCAUGGCCCCUGUGGCCUCCCGUUUCUUCGUCUGUCUGGUGUCUGGUCCACCAGGGCUUUGUGGGUGCUCAGUGAUACACUAGGCACGUGGGUGUCCCUGGCUGUCCCUGGGCUUUGGGAGUUCCGGCAGCCUUCCGAGACGCUGUUAGUACCCUUGGUAGAGCACGGCAGGUACAUCUGUACUUUCUGACAGGAAAACAUUCACGUUUCAGACUUUGGAUUGAGCAUUUUUAGGAAAAGCAUAAUGGUUAGUGUUUUGCUAUUGAGAAUCUUAAAAAACAAACCCGGGAUGUCUUGUUGAUCUUGUUACAGUGCUCAUGGCGUGAACCUGACCCGAUGAGGAUGUCCUCAGUCUGCGUCAGGUUUCUUCUGUUUUUCUCUCCUUUUUUUUCCUCUGCACUUCUGAUGCCAGAUGUGUCUGGCCAAAGAUCUGAUGUGGUUCCCCCUUCAGCUGUGUCCUGUUAAUAGGUACUGUUCCAGGCUCCGUGUGUCAUUGGGGUAGGACCUGUAUUUUAAUACUGUUCCUAACGUUUCAUUUUACUAGCAAGAAAUCUUUGAUUUCAUUUUAUUCUUUGUAAUUUUAGACACUAGAUUGUAGUUUAGCCAUUACUGACAUUUUUUUAAAAAGGGAUAUAUUUUCUUGCACAGCUAUUCAAAAAAAGACAAGUUUCGGUCCUCAAUGCUGUCCUCUGUUUUACAGGUACAAGUUUUCUAGCUCAGCCAGCUGGGAGAGGCUGCAGAGUGCUCUCCAGCUGUGCCUGCACCCUGGGCUGCUGGAAGGGGGAUGCAGGCCUGUGGUACGAUCUGAUAGCCCGGGGUGUUCUGUACUAAAUGGUUACUUUGUAUCAAAAGUUAAAGACUUUAGUACAACAAAUAAAGGUCAAUUUCUGUAACUUCCCA